AUGGCACUCCUGGGCUGGCCCGGGCUGGGUCCGCUGCUGGCUGUGCUGGCCGCGCUGGUGGCGUCGGGGACAGCGACCCCCCCUGCUCCUCUGUUGACCCUGCUGUCCUCAGGCCAGGGCGCUCUGGACCGCGUGGCGCUGGGCGGCCUGUUAAAUACACUGGCGGACCGUGUGCACUGUGCCGACGGGCCGUGUGGAAAGUGCCUGUCUGUGGACGACGCCCUGGCUCUGGGCAGGCCUGAGCAGCCCGGGGCCCCCUCAGGCCCAGCCCUGGAGCCCAGGCACAUCGCCCGCCUCAGUGCCGCCGCUACCCUCUACCUCAGCGACCCGGCGGGCACCUGCGCCGAGGUCCGGGCUGGCCGCUGGGCUGCCCGCGCCGACCAGCUCCUGGUCCUGCUCGAGAGCCCUCAGGCCCUGAGCCCGGCCCUGACCAGGCUGCUGCAGCGGAUCCAGACCCACGCCGCUGGCCGGCCUGCUUCUCAGCAGGCCUGUGUGGACCUGCCUCAGCUGCUGGCGGAGGCGGCAGGGGUGGGGGCUCCCGGCAGCCCCGGCCCGGUGCUGGCUGCCCUGCUGGACCACGUCAGGAGCGGCGCCUGCUUCCAUGCCCUGCCGACUCCCCAGUACUUCGUGGACUUCAUGUUCCGGCAGCAUAGUAGCGAGAACCCCAACAUCACCCUGGACGAGCUGGCGGCCUUGAUGGAGCGCCUGGGGCUGGGCGGAGCGACGGAGCCCCACGACAGCCACAGCGAUGACAGUCCUCUGGGAAAGGGCCAGGGCCCUGUGCUCCUUGCCGCCCCCAACAGCAGCGCCAGUGCAUGGGACACGCUGUGCCUGAGUGCUCGAGACGUCAUGGCUGUGUACGGAAUGUCUGAGCAGGCCGGGGUGACGCCGGACGACUGGGCCCGACUGAGUCCAGCUCUGCUCCAGCAGCAACUGAGCGGGGCCUGCAGCCCCCAGCCCACGCUCCCCACCCAGGACCGGCUCAGCCAGGCCGACAGGUACCUCUACGGCUCCCUGGCCACGCUGCUGAUCUGCCUGUGCUCCCUGCUCGGGCUCGUGCUCCUCAGCUGUGCCAGAUGUAGCGCCACCUCCCACUACGUCAUCCAGGCCUUCCUGAGCAUGGCUGUGGGCGCGCUCACCGGUGACGCCCUCCUGCACUUGAUGCCUAAGGUGCUGGGGCUGCACGCCCAUGACGGGGAGGACCUUGGUUUCCAGCCCACCUGGCACCUCCUAGCUGUGCUGGGUGGGCUCUAUGCCUUCUUCCUGUUCGAGAGCCUCUUCAACCUCUUGCUGCCCCUGGACCCUGAGGACCCAAAGGAUGGGGCCUGCAGUCAUGGCCACAGUCACGGCGGCCACAGCCAUGGCAUGUCCCUGCAGCUGGCGCCCAGCAACCUCCGGCAGCCAAAGCAGCUCCACGAGGGCUCUCGCGCAGACCUGGUGGCGGAGGAGAGCCCCGAGCUGCUGAGCCCGGAGCCCCAGAGACUGAACCCAGAGCUGAGACUGCUGCCCUACGUGAUCACGCUGGGCGACGCCGUGCACAACUUCGCCGACGGGCUGGCAGUGGGCGCCGCCUUUCUGUCCUCCUGGAAGACGGGGCUGGCCACCUCGCUGGCCGUGUUCUGCCACGAGGUGCCCCACGAAUUGGGGGACUUCGCAGCCCUGCUGCACGCGGGGCUGUCGGUGCGCCGAGCGCUGCUCCUGAACUUGGCCUCGGCGCUCACGGCCUUCAUCGGCCUCUACGUUGCGCUCGCGGCCGGCGUAGGCGAAGACGGCGAGACCUGGAUCCUGGCGGUGGCCGCCGGCCUCUUCCUCUAUGUGGCGCUCUGCGACAUGCUCCCGGCCAUGCUGAACGUGCGCGACCGACGGCCCUGGCUCCUCUUCUUGCUCCACAACGUUGGCCUGCUGGGCGGCUGGACCGUCCUGCUGCUGCUGUCGCUGUAUGAGGAUAACAUCGCCUUCUGAGAGCUUCUGCCCCCUCGGCCCUUGGCUCUGGCUCCUUACCCUGGGCUCUAGCAGCCCUUCAGACAGGAUAUCUUCCGGAUUGCCCCAGACCCUCCCCUGCGCCCCAGUUCACAGCUUCAAUAAAUGCUCUUGUCCUUGGA